AUUUCCUCCGACUUGUGGUUUACAUUGGUUCAUUAGACUGAGGAUUUUGGGCUACUGGAAGAGCCUUGGAAUCUUGCCUUAUUGUUCGUGGAGUUCUUGCGCUUCUUCGCGUCUCGUGAUCACCUGAACGAAGUUGUACAGGUGGUUACGAAAAAUGUGAUGACUAGGGACAAAACUCGGUGGAGUAGGAAGUUGUUGCAGAUUGCAGAUCCAUUUCGAACAGAAAAUGUGGUUACAUUUACUAGAGCCUAUCAAGCAUUCUUCUUCAACUGUUUCCUCAAGUCAUACUUGUACUUUGCAAUACCGCAAACGACAACUGGCCCUAUGGUGGAUAUCAAAUUGUAUCAGAAGAUGGCCGAAAGUCCACGAAAAAGGAGAGGUAAACGGAGGAGAGGAGGUCCCGCUACACCUGGUAGUGAAGUCAGAGGCGAAAGAAGAUUUGGCGGUGGUGGAGAACGCGCUCCUCUUUCAGUUAUGGAAAAUGCCGCACAAUCUACUAGCAUUGACGUCAGUUUGAGUACCCUUUAUAUCCUUUUUGUAUUUAAUUAA